ACAAUGUUUUGCUCUUUGUUGAAUUGAUGUAGAUGAUCUUGCGGACAUAAAGAACAUCCAAGGCAUUGGCACUUUGUCAAUAAUGCUGAAUACAAGGUCGCUCGCUUUGGUAUGAUAACUUGGGAGAGCAACGCCACUUCGAUGCGCUGUUUCUAGAGAAUAAAGCAGUGUCACUCCACAACACAGUUAUUGGCAAUGAUGCCAGAUGACGUAAGGAGCUUGAACAAAGCAAUUAGUAUAUUUUACAUCUAUAUAACAAGAAUCAUGAAUAAUUUAGAAAGAAUCAUCAUAAUGCAGACUUACGUCAGUGAUUUGAGUCGCUCACAACAUGAGGUGUAGUCUUUUACAACCAUCUAGUCGGGUCCCUUUGCAUCGGCUUUCCCGACUAUAAACGACAUUUCCCAAAGUGCAACUCGCGGAUUGCCACGCAGUGGAACGUUGCAUGGCGGCUGAUUGACUGAUAUUGAUCCAAUGGGUGAUUCCUGAAAUAUGUUUUAGGGGCGGAGUAAAGGUACACAACCUGUCCAUUGGGCCAGGGGCGCAGGGCGAUGGUGAAUGUUGAUACUUGGAAAACGUCAAGCCUAGAAUUAGAACUCUGUAUGGGCUGUGCGCACCGCCUGCCGCUUGGAUGGUAACCCUCCCUAUCCGUUGAGAGAGCGCCGAAACUGCAGUGCGGAGAAAAUGUAACAGUAGGAGGAGAAUGAUAGUAGAGUUUAUAGGCCUGGGGACUGCUGUUAGUUGCGAUGGAGGAGAGGUUGUGUCUUAUGGAAUGAUAUCUAAGGAAAGCCUAUUGGAAACAGAACGGAUCCCACCCUGUGAUUGUAGCAGUAAGGUAAAUGGCUGAAUCAAGUUGGGAGCUGCUGUGUCUCUGUCUGGCCGACCAAUGCAGUGCGUAGGGACGGCCGCCCAGCCCGACGAAAACAUGAACGGAGCGGGGGAGCAGGUGGACAUCCUGCCCCCAAACUGCUUGGUAAAGGACCGAUGGAAAGUGCUGAAGAAAAUUGGUGGGGGAGGUUUCGGGGAGAUCUACGAGGCGUUGGACCUGCUGACCAGGGAGAAUGUGGCUCUCAAGGUAGAGUCAGCCCAGCAGCCUAAACAGGUCCUCAAAAUGGAGGUGGCUGUCCUCAAAAAACUGCAAGGAAAGAAUCAUGUCUGUAAAUUCAUUGGAUGUGGAAGGAACGAGAAGUUUAACUAUGUGGUCAUGCAACUUCAGCAGGGGAGAAACCUAGCGGACCUGAGGAGGAGUCAACCCCGCGGCACCUUCACCAUGAGCACCACGCUACGCCUGGGCAAACAGAUCCUGGAGUCCAUAGAGGCAAUCCACUCUGUGGGCUUCCUGCACAGAGACAUCAAGCCUUCAAACUUUGCCAUGGGUCGACUCCCCUCCACCUAUAGAAAGUGCUUUAUGUUAGACUUUGGCCUGGCUCGCCAGUAUACCAACACUACCGGAGAGGUCCGACCACCCAGAACUGUGGCGGGAUUUCGGGGCACUGUUCGUUAUGCUUCAGUAAAUGCUCAUAAAAACAAAGAAAUGGGUCGCCAUGACGAUCUAUGGUCGCUAUUUUACAUGUUGGUAGAAUUUGCAGUCGGUCAGCUACCAUGGCGAAAAAUAAAAGAUAAGGAGCAAGUGGGUCAGAUUAAGGAGCGCUACGACCACAGAAUGCUGCUCAAACACAUGCCUUCUGAGUUUCAUGUUUUCCUGGAUCAUGUUUUAGGCCUUGACUACUUUACCAAACCAGAUUACCAAUUGCUGAUGUCGGUCUUUGAGAACAGUAUGAAGGAACGCAUCAUCACAGAGAACGAGUCUUUUGAUUGGGAGAAGGGAGGGACGGAUGGAGUGCCUCUGUCCACCUGCACGUCAACGCCCCCUCAACAGAACACACGACAGACCCCCGCUGUGGUCGGGGUGGUGAACGUGACUCUGAUUCCUGGGGAGCUGCCGAGGGAGAACACAGAUGACGUUCUACAAGAUGAGCACCUGAGUGACCAGGAGAACGCUCCACCUGCAGUACCUAGCAGGCCUUGCGAGGGGACACGACCCCAGGCGGAAGGCGAGGCGUGGAACGACACCGACUUCAACCGCAACCAACUCAGGAUCAGCAUCAGCAAGGGACAGUUGGCUGCGGAGGAGGAGCCUGCUAGAGGGGUGUGUCCCGAGGCCCCUGUGGGUGGAGCUCCCCCAGAAAUGACUGGUGCUCAGGUCUGCGCUCUGCGGUACCGGAGGAUCAACAGCCCAGAGUCAGACCGUCUGUCCGCUGCAGAUGGGAGACCAGACGUCUAUGAUAAACGAGGGUCUCGUAUGGACAUCCUGGGAUCCCCGUCCCGCUACGUGCACUCCUCCCAGCCGGCCCAGAUGCACUCCCUGGAGGGAGGAGGUGGGGACCGGCAGGGUGGCGGUGGGAGACCAGGCCAGGAGGUCUCCGUUGCCUCCGCGGCUGACCCCGAGGCCCACAGUAACGCCUUCAUCCGGUCUGUACCACUCGCCGAGGAGGAAGACUUUGACAGCAAGGAGUGGGUGAUCAUUGACAAGGAGACUGAGCUCCAGGACUUCCUGGGUCUCCUGGGCCCGGGUGCCGAGCCCACCACCUCGGGGCCCACCACCGAUGAGGAGCCCGAGGAGCUGAAGCCCCUGGAUGAACUGGAGGAACGGAGGAGGUUACGGGGAGCUGUAGGUGGAGAGGUGGUGGUGAGGCCUAAGAUGCGAGCAGGAGGCAUAGUGGCACUUCCGGAAGGGGAGGGGUCUAAUGGGGCUAGUCCUGGACACUCGGGUUAUCACACUCUGCCUCAUAGCCGUGGACAAAGACCACGGCCGCAGUCGGAGCACUUUGGAGCUCAAGGACAGGCCCAGGAGCAGAUCAACACAUACCAGGUUGGCAGUGUGGAGGACCAGAGAGAGAGACCUGACCUUACCAUGCUGGCCCAGCAUCGCAUACAUCGGGUGGACUUCCUCUCUGCCAUGCUCACCGCCACCCUUCCGCCUCUCCAAACCUCUUUUGAGGUUGGUUCCGGAACCCUUGUUGAGCAGGAUCGUGAUGGGGAUAUGAAUGGGGCCGGGGUUGGGUCCAGCGGUGUCGGGAGCCCCAAAAGCAGCGAGCACAGCCAGGAGGGUGAUGAUGGAGCGCCCUCUACUCUCCUUGCAGACGAGCCUCCUCUGGACUACCCUCACCGGGUCUCUACGGGAGUGGGGUUGGGGGGUGAUCCGGACCUGGAGCUGGAGGAAGGCUCCAAGACCCUGGUGCUCUUCUCCCCUGGAGACAUGAGGAAGUCCCUUGCCGUGGUGGGAGAUCUGCCCCCGGACAAUACCGGGAGCCACCAGGGGACCCUGGCUGCCGUCACACCCCAGUGCGAGAGAGCCCUGGGAGCUCUGGGAAGCCUGCUGGACGUGUCUGAGCCAGGUACUCUGUCCUCCCAGCUGAAGUCCGAGCCCAAAUCGUCUUUGACAGCCGUCACUGCCAUCCUGGUCAAUAUGGCGUCCAAUGUGGUUGCUCCCACUAGCACCUCCCCUCCUUUCACCAAAGUGGAGCGUACAUUUCUCCACAUUGCCGAGACCACCCACCAUAAUGUGAUGAGCUCCUCGGGGGCCCUGCAACCCAGGCUGCUGCUCCCCGGGCUGGUUGAGGAGCCCACAGCUGAACAAGAGUACUGCUUGGAGGGAGAUAAAGAGGAGGAUGUCUCCGAUGGAGAGAAAGAGAAAGGUAGGGAGAGCAGAUCCGAUGGGGACCUUUCAGAAAACGACGUUGAGAAGGGGACGGAGAGGGAGUCUGAAAGUGAGGUCCCAAAGACAUACAACGUACACAGGAGGGAGAGUGGAUCAGAAGGCGACGUCUAUGAGAAAGUCGAGGAAGGGGACGAAGAGAGCAGGCUUGAGGAGAACAUUCCAGAGAGCGACGAGGAGGAUGAGAAAGAUGAGGAUGAGGAGAAGAGAGAUGGUAGGUCCAAGGGGGAAGUUCCAGAGAGAGAAACCCCAGGUUCCCCAGAUGGAGACAUGGCUAAGGAGGAGGAGGAAGAAGAUGUUGCAAACAAAGAGGUUGACGAGUUAAUCUCUCCAGAAAAAGAGAAGGAAGAAGAGACGGAACUUGGGGCGGAGGCUCCGCCAGAGAUACAGUCAAACCUCUCCUCUCCCAUUCUCUGUCCCGCCGAAGAACCUGAAGCCCAGGAUGUCCUGGUCGUUUCCACAGAAACCAAGUUAUACUCUGAACAAGAGGAUACCCCUAUUGCUGUUUCUCCUGAGAAGGCGCCUGCCCAAGACGUGACAUUGGCAGAGAUGGAGAACCAGGUCCAGCUCAAACAAAACAUUGAGGCUUCUCCACAAGAAGAUCCUAAGGACUCUGGUGAUCCAGAAACAUUGGCAGUGCACCAGGUGGAGAGCAAAGAAGUGGCAGAGACUAGCAAACAAACCAGGCCUCGCAAACUGAGCCGAAUCCCGGUUCUCUCCCGGUCUGAGGAGGACACUGGCUCAGACCAGGACCAGUCGGCGGCGUCCCAGUCACUCAAGACUCGUCAGAAGGCCAAGCAACCUCACCUAGCCCGGCUGGUCAUGGAAAGGACACAAGGUCGUAUGCUAAGACUGGCUUCUGUUUCCUCAGCUUCGUCUGCGGAUGAUGGCUGUAAAGCAGCAGCAGAGACUCAGUCGGAGGAAGACACCCAUGAUGAGGACAACUAUCCGCCCAGGAAGGAGAGGGGAAUUUGGGGGGAGAGGAGUGAGGGGCGUCAAAGGAGCAGAAUACCCCGUCCUGUCACGCCUGUUAAGCUGCAGGGAUCCUCUGUUACACCGUCUCAUGCUUUCUCCCAAACUGGCCCCAAUGCUAAUCUCCACAAACCCCAACUUUCAACUAUAUAUACUAGGCAUCAAUCUCACAAAACUAGGACCCCAAGAAUAAAUGUUCCACUGCACCAGAGGUCCCAGACUCUGCAGUCCCGACCUGGACCCGGGGCCAACUCCUCCUCCUUAUUCUCCACCCCCCAGACUCCCCUGCGUGGGGUUAUCUCCCGAGCCCCUCUCUCUGCAUGCCCCUCCCCCCGUAGCCUCAGCACCUCCCCCUGUUGCUACUCCACUUCCCGGACCGACAGCCCCUCCCCUCAGCGCCCACGACGGGGGGCUGCAGUCACAGAGGUCCGUAGGCAGCUCAUAUCUGUGCGGGCGCAGACUGCACUUCCGCUAAAACCCAGACCGCCUCAGACCGAGGACUCCUCCGCCACUGGGAUGCCCAGAAGGCGAGGCAAAUUUUACCCAUCGUCAUCUACAUCCACACCCACUAAGGGGAAGUUAGAUGCUUCUGAGAGCAAGACAGCCACCAGAUAAUAUAGGCUAGCCCAGGGCAAUCUAUCUAUCAGUCUAUCCAAACUGCACUUCACACACCCGUUUAUCUACUGUAUGUCAGAGUAACUCCACAAUCACAAACGUGUUUGUCGCAAAUUGUGCAAAAACGCUUUGUUUUAACUCUCAGCUUAAGAAUACAAAGAGGGGUCUGCUUCAAAUUACAAUUAAGCCCAAGAACAAAGCAAGUAAUAGGGAGCACUAGGCAGCGGUGUGACCCCCAACGCUGCACAGACUAGGGAAAUGGGUGUUACUAACCUCCUUCUGCAGCUGAGGCCUCCCUGCUCCAGUCUAGGAACAUGUUCCUUAGCAGGGUUCGAAUUACACAUUGACUCUUGAUGGCUCUGCACGACAAUGGUGCCCAAUGUCCAUGUCGUUGACAAAUGUGGGUUCCCCUAGCCCCUCUGUAAUUAAAUCCUGAUCCUGGAGGAAUCUAAUGGAGUCUGACUCAGUACAGCAGCCCUCAAAAGCCUUAAUAAGACCUGUUCUAAGACCUGUUCUUAUCUGCUCCUCCCAUCACAAACGCUUCCAGGGACAAAACAAGAACUGUAACAGGAGAGCAGCAGCCUCAUCUGAUCUUACUGACUAGUUUGCUUAAAAAAGUGCUUUAAAUUAGAAUGAUCAUGUGUGAUAUGAACAUAAUAUAUAGCUAAAUUAUAGGAUUCACUUUAUAUAGGUCAGAUCUCAGAAGUAAUUUAGGUAACACUUUAUUUGACGCUAUUUCUUAUGAAGGGUUAUCAACUGUUGUAUUGCUUUACAAGCAUUCAUAGCACCUUAAAGAUUAAGUCAAAUAAACUGUACAAUAAAGCAAUAAGGUGCCAGAGACUGUUAUAUAUCAUUAAUAUCUCUCAUGCCUUAUUACCUGUAUUGUAAAGUUUCACAAUGCUCACUGACUGCAUCUAUGAGCUGCAUUCAUGAUCUUAAAGCGUUAUAACACAUAAGGGGGAUCAAGUAAAGUUUUACCUUUAUGUACAUAAGAAUCAGAUAUGAAAUGGUGAUUGAUUAUAAAAAGGCAAUGUGCAGUUUACACUUGGCGUUAUUAUUUCUCUCUCACACCCAAUCAGGGACUAUCACAGCUGGUAAGUCUGCAUUUGGAGUGAAAAAGUGUGCCGUAUCUAUGAUAACCAUUAUAGAGUAUUUAUUAUACAGUCUUAUUAAGCCCUACGAAUGCAUCUAUAAAGUGCUAUGAAUGUGCUUAUUAGACAAUAUAACACUUCACGAGGAACUGCUUCAAGUGUUACUAAAUGUUACCUACAGUAGGCCUAUAUCACCAUUUGAAAUAACGGUAAUACUACAUUAAGUAAAGUAUUACAGAAAAUAAGUGUCAUUAUUACUCUUUCUUUGUUCAUUGAGAUAGAACAGGAUUUUGGGGGGAAUCGAAAUUAAUGCGUUUUGCAAGAUAAAGUCGAUGUAUCUACUUGUGGCUUUGUAAUGGUCCGCAUGUGUUCUUGUCUACCUCGGGAGAUGGUUUCACCCAGAUAUGAUCACAAGUGGCUUUUCUUUAAGGGAAUUCACUGGAUGUACCCAGAGAUUAACAUUACGUCCCAAAUGGUACCUUAUUCCCUAUAUAGUGCACUACUUUUGACCAGGGCUCAUAGGGGUCUGUUAAAAAGUACUGCACUAAAUGGGGAGUUGAAUGGGGAAUGUUGAAUGUCUCCAAAUGAACAUGAUUCAGCUAAUACGCAUGAAUGGGGGGUGCUAGCUAUACAGUUUCACAGAAUCCUUACUUCAGGUGUAAAAUCAUCAGUCAAUCAUUCACAUUUCAGAGAUUUAGCUAAUUCCUUGUUUUUUUCAGUUACAAAGAACUGUUAUUCUGAACAUGUGUGUCCCCUUACUACAUGCUGCAUAUUAAAAACGUCACUGUAGAAUAGUAUUUAUUUUGCACUUUAAAUGUCACUGUUUAUUUGUCUUUUCUCACUGUUAGUCUGCACUUCACAUAAAACGUGUUACCAUUUAACUUACGGAAAUCAUAAUUUCUCUCAACAAAUGACAAGGAUAAUGCAACUUACAAUAUAGCGAUACAUCUACAAUAGUACAAUGCAAUGUUUUAAAAUGUAUUUAUUUUGCUUUGUACAAUACCCCAACAACAAUACCCCAACAAAAUGUUUUGUGCAAUUUAGUAAGACAUGCAAUCAGGUAGAGCUGCUAUGUGAUGUGUCACUCAUUCACAGUUUAAUAAGAAGCCAUUUCAUUGGCUCACACCAAUAAAAGUUUGCUUUUAAUUGGUCCAUCUAUAGUGUGCACCAAUCAGCACUUCUAAGAAAUUUGCCAUGCCUUGCCAUUGAAAUAUACUGGUGUUCCAUAAUAAUUUACCCAUAGUGUAUUGUACAUAAUAUAGUUACUUCUUGAGACAAGAAGUUAUUUUUAUUUGAUAAAUCAAGUAUUUAGAAAAAAAUUGUAAUUGCAUUUGUUUCAUUUACUUUCAUUUUCAGAAGUGUCAAAUUGUUGAAUGAGACCUCAAGCUUUAACAAUACUGCUUCAUUCAAACUAACAAGUCAAAAUGUGUUUAAAAUUUGUGUGGUGUUAAAUAUACAGCAUUUGUUUAGUUUGACAUUAUUCAAAAUAAUGUUUGGUGAGAGAGAGAAUUUAUGGAAAGUUAUCAGAACAAAUACUUGCAGCAAUGACAAACUACAACAUUCAUAAUUAAAUAUGGUAUGUAAAUUGAAGUGCAACGAAAUGCUAACCAAUCAAGGGUAUUACGGACUACAUGUACCUACAUUUUAAAGAACAUCAAGAUAAAGUAUCCAAUGUAAACAGUGAACUAUUGUACAUGUACUUAAUCUUUAACUUUGAUUAAAGAUCUAUCUAAAAACAAAAGUAAUGAAUCGAUGAAUACAUAAAAUGAUGGUAGGAAGAGGGAGAAAUGAUAUUAUUCUGUUAUGGGUACAUUCAAGACGUUUUCUGUCCUCAAUCCACGUUUACUUAUCUGGACUAUUGAUCUUCCCAAUCUAGGAUGGACUUUGCAUGAAUGUGUUUCAUGAAUUAAAUCAUUAUCAAAUAAACUGCUUAUUAUAUGAACUAGCUUGCUGACAAGUUAUCCAUUUCAUCAAUGAUGACCGACAAUAAAGACCUGCUUCGUUCA